CUGCACACACUGAGUAUAUUCUGACAAGCGUAGAAAAACUUGUCGUCAACAGCGCGGCCGCCAUUUUACGUUAGCCGAUUACUCGCGCGGUGCGGAACCCCAUCGGCAGAUCUUGGCAGAUCGCAUACCGUGUUGUAAUAUAUCAGUGGCCGAUCGUAUGUGCGACAGCGUUUGCUGUGACGUGAUCCCACUUGUGCCGUAUUAUCAUAAUAUUGAAAAGAGGGUUAAUGUGUGGUACGAUAAAAGUUGACGAUUUCGUCGUUGUCGUUCGCGUCGAUUUCGCGCGCCCAUUAGAGAGACCAACAGGAGCGAGAGAGGCGUAGGGGAGUAGAAAAGGAGCGAGAAAGAGAGAGAGGGAGGGAGAAAAAAAAGGAGAGGGCCCCCACGGAGGAGGAGAUAGUUAAGAUGGUGCCAGCGGACCUCGGGUGCGUUAUCGUCGCUGCUGACUGGUAGAGAGCAAGAGCGGCGUGCGCCCAGCCAGUGUGACACGGUGUGUUGAUCGGUGCGCGCGGUGUUAUUCAUUGUCGUCAUAAGAAAGUUGUAUUCGCGCCGUUUCAUCAGUCCUGAGACGACUCGAGUGUUACCGAAAUUGGAUACAAAAAAAAAAGGAAAAAAAAAACAAUGAAAAUAAUCCACCGAUUCGGUGAGAUAGACUCCCACACUGACGAUAUUGUUGAAACUGAUGGAGACAAAUUUAUCUUGGACUGCUGAAAUUGAAGUGAUUUUUUAUUUUACUUUUUUUUUUCAAAGCCUAGGUGUAAAAAUUUUCUAGUGCAUAUGUGUGUGGGAGUGUGAGUGUUGAUCUUGUAGAAGAGCCAUCGCGUCGAAGCAGCGUUGCCCGCCGCCGAGAUCCUCGCGGCGUCACGAGCGCCCCAGUGGUGGCUCAGCGGCUGUUGUACGCGGCUAUCGCACGCGCCCGAGUGAAACGUCGUCCUCGUAGACAUCUACCUCCAUUGUCGUCGUACCACUACUGCCUUCUUGACAAAGUUGUUUGUGUUAUUGUUGUGGUGAAACAAAGUUAUCGAGUCCAUUGUACUUGGAUUUGGACUUAGCAGCGAACGCUAGGUGUGUGUGCGUGUGUGCGUGCGUGUGUGCGCGCGUAUGUAUGUGUGUGUACACUCGUGUGAUUCGACAUUUUCGGGAUUUUUUUUCUCUUUUUUUUUCUCACUCACUCAUUGUACCUCUCUCUCUCUGUCGUUCGCUCAUCGUUAAUUGUCAAAGUGUUCUGGAACCAGCUGCAGCAAUCACCAUUGCAGCCUGUUGUCGUGGCAGUGGAGACUGGCGAGGUGGACGGGGAUUUGGCAUAACCGUGGGCACAACAUAAUCGUUCCCACAAAUCUAUCGAGAAUGCCCGAUGGCUGAUGCCGCAGCAAAGCGUGUACGAGGACGCUUCGCGCGCCGCAAUUAUUCACAUCAUUGUUAUUAUCACGAAUCGAGUUAUGAGAGUAAACCGGUGAUAGAUCAACUCCAUCGCGUGUCAUCACCUUGUUCAAUUGCAACCCCUUACAUUUAUUAUUCAUCAUUGUCGUCGCGGCGGCCCAAAGAUUAAUACAUUUGGAAACAAAUUAGUGUGAGAGUAAAGCAUCUUCAAGAUUAAUCUGAGACAUGGCAGAUCACCUAGUUGACGGGCCGCCUAAUAAGCGACCGAAACUGGGGGAUGGAUUUCAAGGCCCCUCGGAUUCAGCCGUGGGUAUGGCGCCUCUAAUGAUGCACCAUGCUUAUACAAACUUCGGGGGAGGCAGUGGUAACUUACAACAAAUGCCGGGCCCGCCGCAACAACUACACCUGCAACAGCAUCAGAUGCAGCAUUGGAACAACACUACUACCCAAAGAAGAAAUUACAUAACAAACACAGAUAUGUUUGAUCUUGAAAAUGACCUCCCCGACGAUCUACUAUCAUCGGGGUCCUGGGGUUCUGCAACGGAAAGCGCCAAACCACCAGCAACAGGUCCAGGACCCGGACAACAGAAUGGAGCGCUUGACUCGGAACUCCGUCAACAUGUACAGCAACAGCAACAAUUAUCCCAUCAUCUUAUUCAGCAACAGGGGAAUAAAAAUUUAGUACCGAAUUCCCUAGUUAUGACUGGUAAUUUGACGAGUAAAAGUCCAAAUAUGCAGUCACCACCGAAUGUAUCGGUCUCCAAAGGUGUUGUGGAUCAACAGAUGGUUGUUAACCUGGGAAAUUUGCCCAGUAGUAUAGCUAGCUCACUGGCUAACAAUCAGAUGUCAAUUGUAAAUUCCAUGGGGAAUCUUCAGUCGUCGAUGAGUAUGGCCGGCAGUAAUCCAGCAAUGUCAAUGCCAGGUGGCAUGAAUGCUAGUUUAGUUAUGACGAGUAGUGCAACAGGAAACAAUCCCAUGGGUGGUAUGGCUGGUGGAGGACUCAUUGUGGCUAACAGUUUGAAUAAACAACCCCUAAAUACAGCAACGAUGAUGAAUCCUAACUCACAAGGAGUUCAUCAUCCUCAAGGUCCCCAUGGGGUACCCAUGCAAAAUGGCCCGGCAAUUUUGAAUGCCCGUGCUGUCGCAAUGCAGCAACAACAGCAAGCUCAAGCCCAGGCACAGGCACAAGCCCAAGCCCAAGCCCAACAGCAGGUCCACAUGGUGGGACAGGCAAGAGGACAGAGUCCUCAUCAAGUUCACCAAGGAGGCAUUGUCGGACCAGGUCAAGGUGCUCCAAGGAUGCAACCACCCCCAAACAUGUCCAAUAUGGCAAAUAUGGGACAAUUGGCUGGCAACAGUCCUUAUGGUUAUGGUUCGCCGGGUAGUGCCCUAGGUACCGGCGUCAAUGUACCAGCUCUAAAUCCUGUCUGCGUAGUUACCCCACUUCAAAGAGGCGUUGGCAAUAUGGCAUCCAUGCAGGGAAGAUUCAGCACUCCCGGAGGUCCCAUUGGUACUGGCAAUGUCAUUGGUGGUCAAGAAGGUGGCAUGGCCCAACAAGCACAACCACCAGCACCUAGUCCAGCUCAACCUCAAUCUGGUGCUCCAACUGGUGGCCAGCCAGGCCCUCAGCAAGCCACACAAGGACAAAUGGCUGGUGGUAGUACGCAGUCAGAGCACCGAAAACUCAUCCAACAGCAACUUGUAUUACUACUCCAUGCACACAAGUGCCAGAUAAGAGAGCGACAGUCAAAUGGUGAAACAUGGAGAUGUACAUUGCCACAUUGUAAAACCAUGAAAAACGUAUUGAACCACAUGACAACGUGUAACGAUGGUAAAGAGUGUCAAGUGCCCCACUGCAGUUCUUCGAGGCAGAUAAUAACUCACUGGAAACAGUGCCAAAGGAGUGAUUGUCCAGUAUGUCUGCCCCUAAAACAAGCGGAUAAAAAUAAAACAACAGCUGCAAAUAAUCGUGCUGCAGCAGCAGUGGCCGCAGCAGCAGCAGCAGCUGCCGCUGCUGCUGGAAAUCAACAGCAGGAGCAGCAACAGUCACAGCCAAGCCAGCAACAACAGCAACAACAGCCACAACAACAACAACCUAAUCCAAGCCCACAGGACAUGAGAAGAGCGUAUGAUGCACUAGGAAUGCAGUGUCCCACGCCGACACCUGUUAUAAUACCAGGUCAAGUUGCAGGUCGUGGCGUUAGAAUGCCCGGACCCGGAAUGACUGGACCUACUGGGAGUAUGACAACGGGAACCAGACUCUCCCAGCCUCAACAACAAAAUCCAUCAGGCCAAUCGAUUGUUGGUGCUAAUCAGCAGGUUGUUGCACCGAAUGUAUCACUACCACUCAGCUCAGAUCCAACAACAGUGUCAUCAGGUGCUGGUAACAAUCAGCCUGUUACAACAGCAGGACAAUCUGGGGCAGCUGCUGCAGCAGCAGCCAAUAUACAACAAUCUGUCAGCAGUAUGCAACAAUUAUUUGGUUUAAAUGACUCCGGACAGCCGGCAUUAUUAAAUGAAAAUCGAUUAUCAAAUCUUCAAUUACCAGGUGGAUUGCAGCCUAAUCAGGUAACGGCAACACCUGUACAGGGGACCAAAGAGUGGCAUCAGUCAGUUACUCCAGAUCUCAGGAAUCAUCUUGUCCAUAAACUUGUGCAAGCAAUAUUUCCAGCCCCCGAUCCCCAGGCAAUGUUCGACAAGAGAUUACACAAUCUCGUUGCUUAUGCGAGAAAAGUUGAGGGUGAUAUGUACGAAAUGGCCAACUCAAGAUCUGAGUAUUAUCAUCUCCUGGCCGAGAAAAUUUAUAAAAUUCAGAAGGAACUCGAAGAGAAAAGACAAAAACGUAAAGAACAGCAGUUGGCACAACAACAGCAUCAGCCAUCAUCGCAAAAUUCAGCUGGUGGUAAUUUGAGGCCAUGUGCACCACCAGCAGUAAGCGCAGCCGUUUCAUCCGGACCAAGAGCUGUUCCGCCAAAUUUACGAAGUCAUUCACCAGGUAUGGGCCAGCUCAAUACAUUACCCGGUAUGACAAUGUCACACAAUAGGAUGACAUUUAAUCAGCCAUCACAGUCUCAGGCUCAAUCCCAGCAAAAUCAGUCACAACUUCAACAGCAACAACAGCAGCAGCAACAACAACAACAACAACAACAACAACAACAACAGCAGCAGCAGUCUAGUAUGCUUGUGGGCCCACCAGGACCGAGUCCGAAUGGCCAGCAAAACUCGAAUCCAAAUUUGGUAGCCAAUCCGGGUCUCGUGCCAUUUGGACAGCAACAGAUGUCCCAAGGAAACUUAACGACAACGACGGCAUCAGCAACUACUAGUCAAUUUUCAACGUCAAAUGGUACUGCGGGCCUUCCAAAUACUUCUCCAGUUCAAAAUCAGCAUCAAUUUCCAGAUCUUAUGAAGGCCAGAUUGGCGGCACAACAGCAGGCACAAGCACAGGCCCAAGCACAAACUCAAGCGUCUCAGCAAUCAACCAACGUCCAAACCCCGAAUACUAAUAUACAAUCCAUUCCCCCUCAAGCACCAUCGCCGUUCAAUAAUAUGCAACAGCAAACGAAUCAGCAGACGAAUCAACAAUUCGCCAAUACUCGACCAUUGUCAGCGUCAACACCUAGUGAUAAUGGCAUAUCUGUUGCAACACCACAAACUAUACCACCACCAGCCUCUAGUGGACCCAGUCCUGGGCCAGCACCCACAACAAAUGGCCCCCAGUCUGUGACAUCAACCCCCACAACACCACUCGUACCAUCUCUGAUGACACCAAAUCAAACGGGGCCUUCGUCGAGUCAAACUCCACCCCAUCCAGGCACAACGCCAUCACCCGGAGGUCUUGCUAGUCUUGGUAAGGGUAUGACUUCCCAAGAGAGAGCUGCAUUGAAUGCUGGAAGAAGUUCAUCAAUGUCAUCACAAAUGGCAGCAAUAACUGCAGCGCUCGAUCGCGAUAAUUCACCAAGUCCACCAACUAAUAAUAAUAAAGGCAAAGGGCUGGAUUCUAUAAAAGAGGAAAAUAUUAAGAUGGAGAUUAAGCAAGAGGAUUGUUCGGAGAAUCAUACGAUAGAUGGGGGUAAAAAUGUAAAUAAUGAUGUGACGUUGAAAACAGAAAUUAAGACCGAACCCAUGGAAGAGACUAGCGGUGAUGGGACGAUCAAGGAGGAACCUGUUGGAAUUAAGGAGGAACCGAGGACACCUAUGUCGGUAGUUGAUGGCUCUACUUCGGAUAUAAAACCUGUUGUACCUGUGCCGAUAGAGCCCAGUGGCACUUCCACGGAUAAAAGACGACUGUGUUUGUUUAAGCCUGAUGAAUUAAGACAGGCACUUAUGCCAACUCUCGAAAAAUUGUACAGACAGGAUCCGGAAUCAAUACCAUUCAGACAACCAGUUGAUCCACAUGCACUUGGCAUUCCUGAUUACUUUGAUAUUGUUAAAAAGCCCAUGGAUCUGUCGACAAUCAAGAGAAAACUCGAUACGGGGCAGUACAGCGAUCCUUGGGAGUACGUUGACGAUGUCUGGAUGAUGUUCGACAAUGCCUGGUUGUAUAAUCGAAAAACCUCGCGCGUUUACAAAUACUGUACUAAGCUGUCAGAGGUGUUCGAGACGGAAAUUGAUCCUGUAAUGCAGGCACUUGGUUACUGCUGUGGGAGAAAGUAUACAUUCAAUCCCCAGGUGCUUUGUUGCUAUGGGAAGCAACUUUGCACAAUACCAAGAGACGCCAAGUACUACUCUUACAAAAAUAGUAUAAAGGGCUAUGGUUCUGUUUCCGACAGAUACACCUUUUGUCAAAAAUGUUUCAACGACAUUCCUGGUGAUACUGUGACGUUGGGCGAAGAUCCAACCCAGCCGCAGACACAAAUUAAAAAGGAGCAGUUCCAAGAGAUGAAGAAUGAUCACUUGGAAUUGGAGCCGUUCGUUCUUUGUAUAGACUGUGGAAGAAAAGUUCACCAAAUUUGCGUACUUCAUUUAGAGCACAUAUGGCCUCAAGGAUUUGCCUGUGAUAAUUGUUUGAAAAAGAAAGGCCAAAAACGCAAAGAAAAUAAAUUUAGUGCCAAACGUCUACCAGUAACAAAAUUAGGCACAUAUAUAGAGACGCGAGUGAACAAUUUCUUAAAAAAAAAAGAGGCACGUGCCGGUGAAGUUGCUAUACGUGUUGUUGCUUCUAGUGACAAGAUGGUAGAAGUGAAACCCGGUAUGAGAAGUAGAUUCGUUGAGAACAAAGAUAUGCCCGGAGAGUUUCCAUAUAGAGCGAAAGCACUGUUUGCAUUUGAGGAUAUUGAUGGUACAGAUGUAUGUUUCUUUGGAAUGCACGUCCAAGAAUAUGGCAGUGAAUGUGCAGCACCUAAUACGAGGCGAGUGUACAUUGCGUAUCUCGAUUCUGUUCACUUCUUUUAUCCAAGGAAUUGUCGAACAGCUGUUUAUCAUGAAAUUUUACUUGGCUAUCUCGAUUAUACAAAACAACUUGGAUUCACAAUGGCUCACAUUUGGGCGUGCCCACCAUCUGAGGGCGAUGAUUACAUUUUCCACUGCCACCCGCCAGACCAAAAAAUCCCAAAGCCGAAAAGACUGCAGGAGUGGUAUAAAAAUAUGCUGCAGAAGGGAGAAAAGGAGAGGAUAGUCAUUGAUUACAAGGAUAUCCUUAAACAAGCGAUGGAGGAUAAAUUAUCAUCAGCAGCAGAUCUCCCCUACUUUGAGGGUGAUUUUUGGCCAAACGUAUUAGAAGAGAGUAUCAAAGAACUCGACCAGGAGGAAGAGGAGAAGAGAAAGCAGGCUGAAGCUGCCGAGGCUGCAGCUGCUGCCAGUGCAAUUUUCUCAAUGACUGAUGACGCUGACACUGGCCCGGACGGUAAGAAAAAGGGCCAGAAGAAAGCGAAGAAAUCCAAUAAAUCUAAAGCGAAUCAACGCAAAAAUAGUAAAAAGUCCAAUACCCCACAGACUGGCAAUGAUCUGUCAGCUAAAAUAUUUGCAACAAUGGAGAAACAUAAAGAAGUUUUCUUCGUUAUAAGGUUACACAGUGCCCAGAGCGCUGCAAGUUUAGCUCCCAUUCAAGAUCCAGAUCCCGUGAUAAACUGCGAUUUAAUGGACGGACGUGAUGCUUUUCUCACGAUGGCACGAGAAAGACACUACGAAUUUUCAUCCCUCAGACGAGCUAAAUUCAGUUCAAUGUCAAUGCUGUAUGAACUCCACAAUCAGGGACAAGAUAAAUUCGUAUACACAUGUAAUAAUUGCAAGAGCCACGUGGAAACUAGGUACCACUGUACUGUCUGUGAUGAUUUUGAUCUCUGCAUUAGUUGUAAAGAAAAAGAUGGACAUGAGCAUCGAAUGGACAAACUUGGUUUUGAUCUCGAUGAUGGAUCAUCAGCAGCCGAUGCUAAACAAACAAAUCCUCAGGAAGCAAGAAAAUUAUCAAUACAACGUUGCAUACAAUCCUUGGUGCAUGCUUGUCAAUGCAGAGAUGCCAAUUGUCGAUUACCAAGUUGUCAGAAAAUGAAGAGAGUGGUUCAGCACACCAAAGUAUGCAAGAGAAAAACAAAUGGUGGUUGUCCAAUAUGCAAACAACUCAUUGCCCUGUGCUGUUAUCACGCCAAACACUGCCAGGAGACAAAGUGUCUUGUGCCGUUCUGUUCGAAUAUCAAGCACAAAUUGAAACAGCAACAGUUGCAGCAGAGAUUACAACAGGCUCAAUUAUUGAGAAGACGAAUGGCUGUGAUGAAUACACGACCGACAGGCCCAGUUAGUGCUGUACAACCGGGACAACCAAGCACCUCAAAUGUCGCUAUGACAGCUGGUGUCGCAAUGAAGCCUGGUGUCAGUCCAACGAAUCUUCAAUCACCUCAUCAACCGGGCAUUGGUUUAAAACCAACUACACAAACACCUCCAGCUCAUGUAUUGCAAGUGGUUAAACAAGUACAAGAAGAGGCAGCAAGACAACAAGCGCCACACGUGGGUUAUGGAAAAGUCACGCCUGGUGGUAGUGUGGGUGUUGGCGUUGGUGUUGGUGUUGGAGUUGGAGUUGGAGUUAACGCACAGGGUGGAGGAGUGAUGCCACCACCACAGAUGCAACGACCAAUGCCAGGAUCACUCCCUAAUGCUGGUGGCACUCAUCUAAUAUCUAUGGACCAGUGGACACCGAGGUAUCAACCUAACGCCGUUAUGCAGCAAAAUCCUGGAUUGCGUCAACAGGCACCCCAACAACUCAUACAACAACAGGGCCACCAGGUCCAACAGGGUAUGGGAAUGGGUGCACAAAUGCCAAGACAAGCUGGUGUUAUCGGCGGUCCUGUUGGUCAAGUACCUCAGAAUCAAGUUGGUCCUGCUAAUAAACAAGCCCUUCAACAACUUAUGGCAACACUCAGAAGUCCGAGUACACCAGAGCAGCAGGGCCAAAUUCUUCAAAUACUCAAAAGUAAUCCACCACUAAUGGCGGCGUUUAUAAAACAAAGACAACAACAGAGUGGACAGCACGGUGGUGGUGGUGGUGGCGGUGGUGGUGGUGGUAGUGGUGGUGGUAGUAGUGGCGGUGGCGGUGGCGGCGGGGGCGGUGGUGGUGGCAGUAGUAGCGGUGGUGCUGGUGGUGUUGGUCCAUUGGGACAAAAUCAGUCUCAACAACAGCAAAAUGCAGCUAGUUUGCAACAUAUGAUGUCCCAACAACAGCAGCAUCCACAGCAACAUCCUCAGGGGAGAAUGCAGAUUCAAGCAAUGUUAAAUACUCAACAGCAGCAGGGUCAACAGGGCCAGCAGGGCCAGCCACAAGGUCAGCUUGUCGGCUCUCAUGGGGGGCAGGUCCCGAAUAUUCCUCAGCCACAGUGGUACCAACAACAAAUGAUGGCGAUGAAGCAGAGACAACAGCAGCAGCAGCAACAACAACAACAACAACAACAACAACAACAACAGCAACAACAGCAGCAGCAGGUUCAGCAACCUCAGCAACAAGGUCAGGGUCAACAAUUCACCCAACCCGGUGCACCUCCUUAUGGACAACAAAGGCCCAUAAGGCCGUCUCAUCUGGGAUACGGCGGCUUCACUGAUCAAGGAUAUGGACAGCCUGCCUUGAAACCAACACCUCCACCUGUACCAUCACCUCAGGGUGUUAUGGGGCCACCUGGUAUAUCAGUACAACAACAAUUGAUGCAGUCAGUACGAUCACCACCUCCUAUACGCUCGCCACAACCAAAUCCAUCACCCAGACCGGUCCCAUCACCUAGAAAUCAACCAGUACCAUCACCGAGAGCUGGUCCAGUACCUUCACCCCAUCAUCAUCCUGGUCACGGCACACCAACUCAUUCGCCAGCUCAUGAUCUUGGUGGUCCAAGUGAAAUGAUGUUAUCACAGCUCGGUGGUGGUUCCCAAUCUGCCGGGCAUCCAGCAACAAUGCCACAUCAUCCAUCUCCAGCACCACCAACAACAAGUGGUGCUGAUGCUGGUGAUGUUACACCUAUGACACCGCAGGAUCAACUUUCCAAAUUCGUCGAGGGAUUGUAGUGACUGUUAUCGGUAUGACCGAUUUUAAGUGAUAAUCAACGACGAACAAAUGAGGAACAUGAUACUGGUAAAAGUCAUGUGCUGUGAACAAUAAUUGUGGCGGAGAGGGGGGGGGCAUAAUGUUUUUAUCUUACGAGAUUUUAGACAAUGCGCGCUUUCCAUAUUUGAUUUUUAAUCGAUUGAAUUUGUGCGCGAUCCUUAUAAAUCUCGUUAUCAUUGUCCCUUUAUGUACAUUUGUACACUAAUUACUUAUUAUUUUUUAUUUAAAGAAACAUGAAAACCCUUUUAAAUAUAAUGAAAUCGUCGAGAGGACUGCACAUACGUGUGCCGAGACUGUGGUAACUUCCUCUCAUGAUGAUUAUUUCCGAGCCAAGAGUCAAUGCACGUUAUUGAAUACAAAUCCCCUGGAAUCCCUUUCCCAUAUCCCCCCGGUGAACAGCUCUCACUUCAAAAGAAGAGUUUAUUGGCCGGUGUGAUGUAAUUAAAGUAAAUUUGAGUUAUUAAAACGGCAGUAUUGAGCUCCUGUUGUUUAAUCAACGAACUCUCGGUGUCGGUGUGACGUGGUGCGGCUGGUUAAUUUAAUUAUUUUAUUUUUUAUUUUUUUUUUCAAGGACUGAAUAGAGAAAAAAACUAAAGUCAUCAAUUAAUAAAUUUUUUUAAUCCAAAAUGAGACUAUCACGCCAACUAAAUCCCAACUCCAUGAAUCUCCCCCUGUUGCUACACUGUCUGUUUCCAUCAGAAGAUUCAUUGUAACGAUGAUGGAGAUAAAAAUUUAAAGAAAAACAAAAUUUAAAUGAAAAUAAAAGUUCCUCGCUACCGCUUGGUUGCGGAAUCGAGCGAAAUCGUACAAAUGUGUUGUGUAUACUUAACGUUAAUUAAUAUUAAUGAAACAAAGAAGAAUAUAGUAAUAUAAAGAUGAUAUGGUGAGGAUACUGAGGAGAAAAGAAAUUAAUAACGUUUUUUUCAACACUUCCCGCUAACCAAAUCAUCUCUGUGACGAAUAUAUAUAUAUAUGUAUAUAUAUAUAUGCGUAUAUAUAAAUAUAUUUAUAUGUAUUUAUAUUUAUAUUUAUAUAUAUGUAUGUAUGUAUGUAUUUAUAUGUAUUUAUAUAUAUAUAUAUAUAUGUACACACGAAGUAAAAGGAUAACUAUCUGUUGCGUACGUUUGAUAACGCCAGAGUUUGUAGGGUGCAUUCAACUGAAGCCGUUUUUUUUAGCACACGAAGAACAAAAACAUGUUUUUUGUGAUUUCCAUGAGACGAUGACGAAAUGUAUGUUAGGUCACUGCAGUUGAGUAUCACGUGAAACCUUAGUGGAUGUUUAUACCUUGAAAGUGCUUUUAAUUCUCAUCAUUUUUAAUCUACAAUAGAAUAAACAAAGUGAAACAUUACUUACUCCCUUCCUUCCUCCUCGUCAAUCAAAAAACAAUUGUUUUUCCUAAUUAUUUAAAUGCGAAAGAUGCCGCAUCACACGUGGUCAUGGGAUAAUCAACUGAUUCAGUAAUUUAUAUGGAGAAGAAAAUGAUUGAUGAAGUGAUUUGAUUGAUUAUGAAAUAAUGUGAAUCAUGUUGAAUGUGACAAGAGUAUUUUUCGUUGACGCCACUGAUAAUUGUGUGUAUAGACCAAUCAAAAGAAUGAAUAAUAGUAAUUAAGGUGGCUAAGGCGAAUUUGUGAGUGAGUUACUUGAGUGGAACAAUUGACGGUUUAUUAAACGGCUAACCGAAAUCCAGUGAGUGUUUUAGCAAUGUGUGAGAGAGAGAGAGAGAGAGAAGAGAAUAAUAAAAUAAUUGGAAAGAAAAAUCUGCGCGUAAAUCAAAUUAUGUGUUUGUACGCGCACUAUUUAUCCCUACACUGUACAUACAAUAAUAUUAUCACGAUAAUAAUAAUUAUUAUUAAUUUACCUGCCUAUCAUAAAUUUAUUGAUUAUACAUUAUUAAUUAUUGAUAUGAAAAUAGGAUAUUGUAACGUUUUAAUAAAUAAAUGAAGAAAAAUAAGAAAUUCAAAAUGGAGAAUUUACACGCGAUUGAAAUUCAAUUAUUAUUGUAAUAAUAAUUAAUUAUUAUUAUUAUUAUUAUUAUUAUUAUUUUCAUAUAUAAUAAUGUGGGGCUAAACGCGACGUGAUUAUGCCAGUGCUGUAUCAUAGAGGAAUUACUUCAAAUGUAUUGUUUUUUUUCUCUUACGACACACCUAUUUAAUACUGAUUAUGGAAGACUCGUCGGUCAUUCAUCCAUAGCGUUGAAUGAGAAAACCGUUUUUUUUUCACUUCUGAAUAAUAAAAAACAUUCAUUUUGAUGAUUUUUUAUUUUUCUUUUAAUAUUAUUUUACACACCUUGAAUUACAUUCUACACAGUUUUUCCAUGGACAUUGUAGAAUAAAAAUUAAUAAUUGUGAAAAAAAAAUUAUAAUAAGAAACAAUUGAACAUCUCCAAUCAUUGUUGAAUAAAAAAAAAAUCGAUUGCAUGUAUUUUGUACAUAUAAAGAGCGUGAGAAGAAAGAGGGCCAAUUUUCCUAACACAAACAAAUGAUGGCGUUUUACGGAGGAUAAUUGAGUUUCAAUAGGGCAGAAUGGUGUAUUUUUCAUCGGCAUAUAAACGUAAAAAUUAUGAGUAGAAUUCAAUGAAUCGAAUGAGUAAUUGAUCAGUGUGGAAAAGUCAAUGAUGACUAUGAGGAACAUGAAAAAUUUAAAAAUAAACCCAAAAGUAUUUGGCUUAGUAUGGCUGUGUCUAGGGCAGUGUUGUACAUCUACAGAUGUGGGGAAGGUGUGGGUGCUUAGAUAUUCAGUUGACAAACUGUUGAGAAAUAAUGGAGAAUAUGGUGACAGAAACGAAGGUUCAAAUGCUACGCGUACCAAAGCUGUACCACCGUAUUUAAUGAUCGAUAGAUGAUGCUUCGGAGUGUUGAGUGAAUGACUACAAGAGGUGAUAUUUCUAUCAUCGCUGAUGCUGUUUCCUUUUGUACUCUCUCAAUGUAUCAUUGCAUUGAUAUUGGCCUAUAUUGUACGUAAAUAUUGAUAAUUUAUUGAUUAUCAGAAGAUAAUUCUUCACUCAAUUCUACCCGUAACCUUCGUUAGCUCGAGGAUUCUUCAUCAAAUCCCAUUAACAUGGAUGUUAAAAUCAUGGAUUUAUACUUAAAUGCGUUGGUACACGUAGCCUUUGUGGCAAUUUGCUAUUAUAUAAACUAAAGGUAAUUUAUACAGCGCUAUAAAAAUAUAUAUUAUACAAUUGUUUUCCUUCAGCUCUUACUCCAUCCCGUAAAAUCAUUUUUUUUAUAUUAUAUAUAUAUUAUUGAGAGAGUUGUGGCGAUAGACAGUAAUGAUCUAUCCCUAUUUGUAUAAUAAAAAUAAAACUUUAAUUAUUGAUUAAUUAUUUGAAUACAAAAUAACAACGUACGUGUUAUAAAUACAAAAUGAUGGGAGAUCGAAGGAAAAUUCAUAUGAAGCAUAUAGUAAUUAAUUAGCAUUACUAUUGAAAUACCGAAUAUAGAGUAAAUAAUUUUUAUUAUGACUCUUUCGUGAAUAGUGAUAUAAAUUAUAUGAUUAAAAACAAACAAAUUUAUGAAGAAAAUGUAAUGUUUAUUGCUCGCUGGGGAGAGUUGACAUGAGUUUCACUAUCAACUUGAAUUUUUCCUUCUUUGUUUUCCAUAAACCAUUGAUUAUUAUUAUUAUUAUUUUUCAUAGUAUAUGUUUCACACUCUUCAUUUUGACUUCCACUUUGCAAUACAUAUUUUACGAUCAUUUGCAUUACAUCGGGUUUUUUUUUCAAUGUUGUAAAAUAACAAAAUAUGUGUGUAAUAUAUGUUUAUUUAAUUUAUUAUUUUUCCGCCAUUUGUCUCUUGGCAUUUUGUCAAUAAAAGAAAAGCAUGAGAAAAGGAGAGAUUAAAAAAAAGAGAAAGAAACUGUGGGAUAUACAGCGGAAUUGUUAUUGCGUUGAGCGUGUAAUGAAGACCAACUCCCACAUUUCUACCCUCCCGCUCCUCAAUUUAUCUAUGUAAUAACUUUUUAAUGAUUUACGUUUCAAAUACAAUUGCAUAUAAAUAUUAACACCGUUUCCAUAUAAGAUUCCUCCCGUUAUAAAUCCCUAAGAUGUUUAAUAUCAGUGAGUUUAUGGGGAUCUUUGAAAUCAUAAUAUUCCUUAUUAUUUACACGUUCAGCUUAAGUAAACAGUAAAAAAGUAAUUUUUCGCAGUAAUUAUACUAUAAUAGUUUUUCCAUGUAAAUUAUUGAAAUGAUAAGGGCUGAUUUGUAAUUCGUAAUCAAGUAGAGGUCAUUAUUGGACAAAUCACUCCAUGUUUUGGGAAUUUGAAUCUGGUGUGAUGGAGUAAGUGGCUGGUUAGCAAACCUUUUAAUUUCGGCGUUGAAAUUUCAUAAGAAAUGGCGCUAAUUGAUUUAUUAAUAACAAAACCCUAGGGAAAUGGUAUUUUUUCCUCAUAAUUUACAGAGCAAUAACGCGCAAAUUGUCAAUUCAAUGGGCCAAAAAACUUCUUCUCAACACUACACCCCUCUACUCUCAUUCUCACUCUUUUUAUAAUUUCACAAUCACUAAAUCAUUAAUGUCAUUACAAUCAUUAUCUAAUUGUACGGAACCAACUAUUUCAUUUGAAAGAAAAUUAAAUUAUUCGUUACCCCGAAGCAUAGCGAAUUGUCACGAGUACCAAGGGUUUCUGACUCAACAGCAAUGGUUUAUAUCAUCGUCAUCAUCAUCAUCAUCAUCAUCAUCAUCAUCUGAUGUUGGCACCAAUAAUUCUUCUAAAAUAUCAUUGCUGAUUACCCAAAUACUCUAUGAUUCUUGAGUGUAUUUGUUUGCUAGGCGAUAGUAGUGUACGGAUAAAGGAGCAUACCACAGAGUUUCAUACAAUGGUGGAUGUAAAUAAUUUUUACAACCGAGAAUAUACGCAUAAUUACAUGUAAGAAAAAAACUGAAUAAAUGAAUUGAAAUACAAAAUAAUACGCUGGUAUGCGUAAAGCAUAAUAACUCUGACAUGAAGCGCUCAAUGUACAGAUACGUGGUAAUUCUUCUCGUUCUUUGUACCAUGACAUAUUACCUAGUAUUAGUAUUGAAUGAAAAAUUAGGGUAUAUAGAUGACUAAUUCAAUCGUCAAUCGCCUCUGUGCAAAACAACACUUCUUAUAAUUUUAUUUUUUCAAUACUCUUCAUUUAUUCAUUUGAAAAAAACAUAUUCAUUUAUCUCUCAGAGCCUCGAAACGAUUCAAAAGAAUCAAAGUGAUUUACAUCGAAAUAUUGACAAAAAUAAUGAACUAUUUUUGUUAUUCAUCUGUAAAGGUAGUAUAUUUAUUUGUAUAAAAAAAUCAUUCAUUUGUAAAUGGUUAUCAUUAUAUUUACAAUUAUUAAUUGAUGGAAUGUAUCGUCACACCGAUUAGUAAACUCAAGUGAUAAUCAUAUCCGAGUGGUCAUUAUAUAUUUUAAAAGAAUGAAAGAUGAAGUACUGAGAAUGAUGAAUCAAAGAAGUGUUUCGUGUUAAGGCUUAAAAUUAUUAAAAAUUGAUCAAUUGAUUAAUCGAAUCGAAAGAGAUGUGAAUAAUCGUAUAUCGAGGAUAAAUAGAUUUAUCAUCUCGUUGUAAUAUUCAUCAAUUGAUUCGUUGUUCAUCCAGUUUUCCAUGAUGGUUAGCUUCCAAAGAGUAAUUGUAAUUUAUUAUUUCACCUUAAUGAAAUUCAUAUUGAUUCAUGGUCUCUCAUUGAAAAAUAUAAAGUAACGCCGAAAGCCAAACUAUUACCUCGUAUUUAAUAUUACUGUAAUAUAGGCAAUUUAUGGGAAAGAGAUUUGUUAAAAAAUAAAUGAGAGGAAUAUCCUGUGCCAUUGACAGGUUCUUCCGCACUCUUUGGAAGCACUCCUUGUGGCUCUGAAAAUACAGAUUAUUUAGGUUCCGCAAAUAUUAAAGAGAUUUUAAUGGGGAAUAAACACAAUCUAGGCAAAAUUAAAAUUAACGAUAUUAAAAAGGAGAGAAUAGUUCCCGGAAUCGCUUUCCCUUUCAUUUUAAAAACAAAAGCAAUAUGGAGAACUAGAAAAGAAUAAAUAUAAAUAUGCGUUAUUUGCUGUAAUGAUAUACUAGUAGUCCACAAACCGAAAUAAAUUAUAUGAUUUUAAUAAUAAAUGUAUAUGUAAGAUGAACGUUAUAAUUGUUUAUAAAAUGCCGUGUUGUGGGGACAAUUUUGGAGUGAUAAAUAUCCAAUGCGUUCAAUUAUGGUGAAUUAAGGAGUAAUGCGUAAUAUUAGAAUAAGAUCAACUAAUAAAACUACUCAUAAUUAUAGGCCGUGAUUUGGAUAAGACGAGUUAAUGUAUAAGGGGUAAACAAUUAUAACUGUACAAUUCACAACAAAUAACUUAUUAAUAGCUGUCUGCAGUAGUAAUAUCGCCAAGGCAUUUAUUGAUUUUAUACAAUAAACUAUGCGAACUUUAAUUCAAUUGAUUUCAAUUUAUAAUAACAUGAAAAUUUUCGUUUUUGAAGUUGUAUGAUGGAAAAAAGUUUGGUGGAAGUUUGGCGGCUGGAUUAAUUCACCUUUGGUAGGUUUUUUUCAAAGUUGCUUCUCGUUAUCAUUCUCCUGUUUGUCAAAGAUCUUUUACUCUUGAAAAUGGUCAAACGAAGGAUUUUUAUAUAUAAGUAACGACGCAAGUUACAGAAAUUUGAUUUUUCCUUACAACUUGUUCUAUAAGAGAAUAUUAUAUGCAUGGUAUUAUUUCUGAUACUCAGAUAGUGAUUAUGAAAUAUUUGGAAUCAGUGGGGCAUAUUGUGAAGGUAAACAUUUUAUGAUCUCAAGGAAUUCGCAUUCUACUAAAUUUAGAUGGCGGUAGGACUUUUCCACUUUUUUUUUAUCAACAGUAUAUCCCCCAGCUUUCUAUGUAUCAUUUUUAUGUCUGGGCUGAAGAACAUUCGAUUUUCUACUAAAGAAAUAAUCUUCCAUUUAAAUGCCUACAUUUCAGUGAGUUAGGAUUACUACAAUUAGCAAAAUUAAGUCAUUAAUAAUCGAUCGUAAUAAAAGAGAAAAUUUUCAUAUUUAGGUGUGUCUCGAAUAGUAACGACCCAUGUUGACAAUAAUUUUUUUUUUUAAUUUUCUUCCACCGUCUUUAAAUAAUUUCCUAAAAAUGUCUUAUUUUGUGCUUUACCUCAGUUCCACAUUGCCAAACGUCCAAAAAUGAUUGAUAAACGAUCAAUAUUGUUAUGCAACACCCGAAAAUAGGAAAUACUCAUUUGUAACAAUUCCUUUUUUUUUGAAAAUAACAUAAAAUGACGGAUAACCAUAUCUUUAUUGUGGUAAAAAUUUAAUGAACUCUAUUCGUAGAAAGCUCAAUUCCUCCGGUAGUAUUAAGAAAUUUUUAUUAUUCAGUACACAAUAGAAAAUGCACCGCAGAUUAAGUACUAAAAUUAUAUAUUUAAUAUGAAGAAAAAAACGAAUAAUAGAAACGUGACACAUUAUCAUUGGAAUAAAGCACAGCGUAAUUUGCUUCAAUGUCUUUUUGCUAUUAUUACAAAUAAAUUAUUAUACUCUUGUUUUGUUUUCAGUACAUGUUUAAAUGCUACAUACAACAUAAUUUUGUUUUUUUUUUUAUUAUUCUGGCACUCUUAAAAUAAUUCAUCGAUUAGUGAUGUGGCUUUCUAUUGACUUCUCCAGGGGAUUUCAUUUCCCGUUCGAUGAGUCUAUCUUCCUUUUUGCAUAAAUAAA